AUGGCGGAAGGCGACGGCCAGCGGGCUGCAGACCCCGACCGCCUGGCGCUGGAGCUGGGGCGGGAGAGGAGGAAGAAGCAAAUGCUUGAAAACUCAAUAUUCGAACUGAGAAACACAGUAACAGAACUGGAAAAAAGACUCAGUAGUAUUGAAGAUGAAGGUAAUGAAUGGAAAACCAGAUACGAGACACAAGUAGAAUUGAACAAACAGCUGGAAAGGCAAAUUCGUAUUCUUCAAGACAAGAUGGAGCUUAUUCGUGGAAAUCCAGCAGAUAAAUUUUCCAUUGUUCACACCUUUGAUCAAAUGUCUGUGGGUUCCUUAAAGGAGGUUCUUAAACAGCUCGAAGAAGAGAAGAAAAGUCUCCAGAAUCAACUAAAAGACUAUGAGCUUAGACUGGAACAAGAAGCAAAGGCUUACCACAAAGCUAAUGAUGAGCGGCGCAUGUACCUCUCAGAGAUCUUACAGACCUCAGCUACAGUGAAAAUUGUUGAAAGGCAAAAAACAGACGCUCUAACAGGCAAGGGAGAAAACCAGAUACUGAGAGGGAGAUACAGUGUUCCAGGAAACCCGAAGACGGUUAAUCCUCAAAAAGGAUCGAUUAAAAAGACUAUAGGAGUGAAGCAGCUUCCAAAGCUAAAGCACUGAUUUAAUAUUAAUGCCAAGAACGUCAAAUGACUUUUUAAAAUUUUUAAUUUAGCUGAAAGUUUCUAAAUUGAAAAUGAAUGUAUUUGUGCUUUAUUAUAAUACCAAACCUAGUUUGGCAUGUCUUUUUGGCAGCCUUAAUGUAAGUGUUCCUCUGCCUAAUGGAAUUGUUCUUCUAGUUGCCAUCAUUGUGCUGGUGAUCUCUGACCCUUUUCAUUCUGGUUCUCAUCCAUGAUUCUGGGUGUCAAGGAGUUGGAAGCCUUAGACAACAUUUAAUGUCUUUCUAUGCUAGGUAGAUCCUUGAACCCUUUGACUGCACAGCAGCCACUGUAAACAAGCAAGCUUCUAACAUUUUUGACCUCUCAACCAAGAAGAAAAGGGCAGAUUGAUGUAACCUGAAGUAUUAUCUCACCACCCAAAACAGUAAAUCUCAAAUAAAAUUCCACCCAAGAACAUCCCCAUUCAGUACAGGCAGCAGAGAGACUCUGAAGCAGCCUGAUGUUGGUGCAGCUGAACAUACUUUCAUUUGCUUUUAAAAAGACGACAGCAUAGUUUACUAGCCAGUCUGAUUUCUUACAUGAUACCAUAGAGUCCCUUUACAGUGUAAGUUAUUUUAUACUCCAUGAGCUUUCUUACUCUAGCAGAGAAGACAAAACACCUCCAAAUUGAACUUUUUAAAAAGCUGGCUUGCCACAGGUCCUGUGUUGACCAUCAUUUUCUGUCUGCAUGGUCUAGAAGCGCAGCACCAUUUCCAGCUCCUUUAGGCACCAGUAAUGGGUAAAAAUGAGAAAAAUUGAACACUUUUUAUUAAGGAUUCUUCAGAGCCUAUUUUGUGGAGGAAUUGAUUCUUUUAAACACUAUAUAUGUACUGUUUUUCCUGAUAUUAGUAUGUUGCUAUUUGAAAUUUGAGUCCUCAGUCGGGUUCCAUAAAAAUCUCUGUCUAUUCUCCAGUGGCACUGAUCCAUGUAUUUUUAGGGUCCAAAAUAGUGCCUGUCUUUAAACUCAUUUCUUCAGUGAAAGUAGAACUACUUUGUAUUUUUAUUCUUAAGCACACAAUUAUUUUUGCAGUUUCUUUACUUACAUUUUAGUCAAUGAACUUCAGGAGAAUUUUUUUAAGGGGCAACAGGAAAAAUGUUUUGGUAAUGAAGCUUCAAGCCUCUGGGUUACAUCUUAAAAGCUCUUGUCAGAGCAAAUGUGAUUGACUGACUGCUCUUUAUUAUUUUUAAGAGCAUACCUCGCUCUUUGCAGUAUCUAAUAAAACUUUUUGCCACUUCAAGAGCUCCUUUUUACUGGCAGCAUGAAAGUGAGGCUGUAAUUAAACUCAUACAAAAAGAUCAAUGAUGUCAUUCUAAAAUGCAGAGAAAGAAGACCUACAGUAUUGUCCAGCAUAUUCAAUAUGGAAACCUCAUUUUUUCUCUUAGUAUCAGAUAUAUUACAGAUAUUUUUAAUGUUAUCAUGAUGCACCUGGUAUCAUUCUUUCAUAAGCAGGGUGCUCUGCCUGGCCAGUUUUUUCCUCACAGUCACAGUUGAAAACAUAGCACAGCUGAUUAGGUUAACACUCUUCUGUUCCUAUUUUUCACAUGGAAAAUUUCCAAAUUUUGAUUGUGCUGGCAUUUGUCAUUGUGGAGGAGGAGGAAAAAAAAUCACCAUAACGGUCCUAUUGGCAUAACAGACAAGGGACAUCUGCAGUAGUGAAGAAUAUCCAGUUCUUGGAUUCAUGCAUCAGACAUUUACUACUGCUGUCUCUGAAUCAAAUGUUAGUUAAUGCACUCAAGUCCAGUCCCUGUAGCACCUCAAAAUAACUGGAAACAUUGCACAAAUAUGGUAGAACAGCAUUUAUUCACAGCAGGAGAUGUGGACACUUUCCUCAUGGGUAGUCCUCAAUGAGGACUUAAAAGAGACUUUUUUUUGAAGGCCAAGAAGAUAUAUUUAUGGGUACAUCUUGGUACAGUAAUGACCUGAGGAGAGGAGCAGACUAUGUCCUACUUAAGUCUCUGUUUCAGCUUGCCAGGAAUGACCUCAGGAUUUGAAAUUCAGUAGUAUGAUAAUUAGGCUCUAAAACACAUUUGACCAUUCUAAUUGUGUGUCCAGCUGUAAUGUUUUCUGUGCAAAAUGGUUAUAGUUCUGUACUCUUAUUCCUUAAAUUACUUGGCAUUUCAUUUUCCUCCUGCCUUUCUGAAAAUAAGGGCACCCUGAUGAUUAAGUUUGAUGACUCAAGUUUCUUUGCAACAACAGAAAAAUAGGUUUGGGUUUCAAAAGUGUUAUGUUAUUUCUUUGGACCUGAAUAGAACUUUUACACUGCUAGUUUUCCCAAACCACACUGGAAUUUUUUUGUUUGGUUGGUUUUGGUGGUUUUGGAUGGAUGAGUGUUUUGAAAUUCCAGGAUUUAUCUCACAUGGGCCUUUCUCACUACUAUUAUGCUGUGCUGUGAAAUGGAUUUAUUUACAUUUGCAGCAAUGAACAGUUACAUGCCUUUACACAGUAUCUUCUAUAUGAAUAUUUCAGCACACUUAGGAGUAUUUAAUCCUUCAAAGCACAGUAUGUGUUAUUAUUCUCAUUUUAGGCAUAGAAGACUGAAUCAGAGGUAGAUUUAUUUAAAUUAGAGAUGGGAGUGUAGUGAUGUCUGUUUUUUCCCUGAUUUCAUGACGGUAUGAUCUUUUGUAAUGUUGCUAACCAUUAGAAGGUAAAUUCUGUCUCCUCUGAAGCCUCUGUGCAUCAUAUUCUAAAUAGCAGACAAAUCUGAAGAUAAAAGUGGGAAACUGAAUUGCUGGCAGUUGGGGUCAGUGGGUGACUGGAGCUAAAUGUCAGAGGAAGAUAGGAUUAGAGCUGAAGGUUUGAAUCCGGCCAAACUUCUUCCUGCAGCACAGAAUGCAGUUGGGAUUUCAGAUGUACUGGUUGUAGUGUAAGUGCCUUUAAUUGAUGGACCAAGAAAUUUGAUAUCCUAACUCUUGGGACUUGAGAGUAUUCUUCCCUUACGUGGUUACUCAUGUAAUUCCACUGAUUUCAGAUGAAUCAUUGUUUUGAGGUAACAAUGGCAUUUUAAUUAUUUACGCGUACUGUUGCUGGAAAAUAUGAGUUUAAAAAAUCAAAUGCUGGUAAGCAAACAUUUCUUAUUUCUUGAAAUAACUUAUUUAAAAAAAAAAAAAAGUCUCAUGAUUUAAGAGGUUAGUGAGUUGUGAUUUUUCUUUUCAAUAAAUCAGUAUAGCAUCACUGUAUUCCUUUAUGACAGAAUGAAAUUAAAAUGUUUACUGGAUAGGCA